AUGCGAAAUCCGUUAGGGAUUCAAACGUCAACCGAAUUGAAAUCCGAAAGUACCUACGCGCUCUUGAGGACCAGGAGAUUACAUUGGGACAUAAUGCCCUUUUUUCCACAGUGCCCACGGGCCGCCACACGCGCCGGCAGUGCGUGGGUGUCCAAAGCGAUUACGCUUCACCGGAAAAACUCAAAAUUUUGGCUCAAGACUCCUACCCUAGGUAAAACACCAUAUUUGGAGUCACUUUUGUUCUUGGUCCUACCCCCAAAAAGUGACCGGAAGUGGCCGAAAACGCAAUCCCAAAACCGGCAGAAUUUCAAAUCGAAGAUCAACUAA